AAUUACAGUAUUAAUUAGGUUACAAUUUUUUGAUCAUCUUCUUCUGAGGAAAUGAUUUGCAAGAGUAGGAUUAAAAAGUGUAUUUUUAGCGCGUAUCAGCUAGUACUGUUGAUUCGUAUUGAACAAGUUCAAAAUCAUAUGUUGCAAUGAGUAAAACUUCAAUUAUGAAUUCAAUCCUGAAAUUGAUUCAAAUUUGAUCAGAAGUGACUUCAAAUAAUAAGGCAAUCAUGGCAGCAAUUAUCUCUGGGGAGUUCCUUCCAAACAACGCACAGUGGGCGGUAACGGGAGAGGAUGAGGCUCAGACAGCCCUCAAGACCCUAGAAAAUACCAACAACAAACCCCGAGGCUGGGUAAUAGUGCGGUCCACUGCCACCACACCCGUGUUGUGUUUGUCUCAACUGCUGAUCAAGCUGGCCGAGGCGAGCUGUGACAUUGACUUGCGCCUCCUGGACUCCUUCUGGUCACAUUAUCCUCCACCUCCUGACAUUUCCCACAACAGAAUGGGAAGCUUCCUGCGAUCAGGCCAUGGAUGCAAGUUACGGCUGUUCUAUGGGCACCUCGAGGCCGCGGCGCUGCAGUCUAUGCCGGCGCUGAAGUACAUAGGCCUGCGCCUGGAGUCCGCAACGGACGUGGAGGUUGUCAACUCUGCCAAGUGCCGCUACCGAGCCGCCGCCGUAAGCAGGAACCUGAAACCGGAGGACAUCACGCAGCGCCUCACGUCGGGUGCAAACCUACAUUGCGUGGACCUGGAGGACGGCGAGGUGCCGUGGCUGCUGGCCGUGGCCGAGAAGCUACUUACCACUGAUGGACGGGGCCACCUCUACCUGCCAGUGUGCCGCCUCACCUCGGCAGGCGUGAGGCAGCUGAUCAAGUCUGUCAACACUGGCAUCUUGGGCGUGUAUUUGCAGUCUAGUUCACUGACACCAACACACAGGGAGCAGCUCGAGGUUCUUGCCAGGGAGAAGAACAAGCGUCUGCACUGGGAACUGCGGGGUUGGUUCUAAUUCAGGCCGGCAGCUGCGUGCUACAGGUGGCCCAGUGGUUACAGUUCAGAGUACCGACA